CGUCCCUGCGGUAAAAAAAGAAGAAGAAAGAACGCGACUCUUCUCGUCUUCACGCCGCCUCCGCUCCUGAGGCCCAGCCGCCGCGCGCCGCCUCUUCUCCCAAGCCGCCGCUACCUCCCCCUCUAGUCCUCUCUGUCUCCAUUGCCGGCGUUACUCAUCCCCUCAUCACCGCGGCUCCAUCCCACCCCUGCCGCCGCCGUAUACCCCACCGGCACCGGCGCAUCACAUCCACCUCUAAUCUCCCGCUACCCUGAAGAAGGGGGGAAAGGGUUGACAGAUGAAUAGCGAUGGCGAGGAGGAGGGUAUCCGCAGGAGCUGCGUCCACACCUAUUCACCAAAUCGGUAUCCAGGGCAGAACAACCAAGGCACUGCACGGCUGCAGCGUUGUAAUUAAAUCAUCGACAUCAGUGGUGGGGCCUUAUGCUUGGGUACGCAGCGGAGGAGGGAGAAAUAAAUUAUCUGUACAGACCAUCGGGCGUGACACCGCGGCGACGUCAAAGGAGGAGGAACCGAUGGCCUGGUCGGCGCGCGCAAGGAGAGGAGCAACCGGCAGCCGUCGGCGUCUCGGCGCACGCAAGGAGGAGGAGGCGGCGGCUCUGGGCACUAAUCCUCUCCUUUCGUUCCCCCUAGACGCCGGCGGCGGAAGAGGAGCCGACGGCCGCGGGGGCACAGACAGCACCAGCCGCUCCCCUCCCAGAUCUGAGAAGGGAGCCAGCCGGCAGUGGCGGCAAAGGCGGCGCUCCCCUCGCCCUCGGGCAGCGGCGCCGGACAGAGGUGGAGAGCCGUCGGUCAGAGGGGGAUGCUGGCGCCGGCGGCGUCACCUGCGGGUAGCGCCGGAUUUUUUUUUUGUUCCCUAAAAUUAUUUUCGCAGGUGGGUCGCGGACCCGCCUGCAAAAAUCACCUAUUUUCACAGGCAAUUGGAUAGCGGCGGUUGUCUCCCCCGCCUGCGAUAACUGUUUUUGACUGCCUCUAAAAACUAUUUUUCUAGUAGUGUGCGCUACAUAAAAUACUGUGCGAGGCUGCAGCAUCGUAGCCCCCUGUAGUGCAGCCGAACAGGCCCAGUAUUACUUUAGUAUAACACCUGGAGAUACAAUAAAUGAUGUUCACAACUAUACACAUGGAUGCUCUUUUUAAUGAGAGUUUAGCUAUAUUUAUGGAUUUGUUAUUGGAA